AUGACGGAAGGAAGGGAAGGAAGAAACCUAGAUGGGUCAACAGGAACCGGGCCAGGGCAUACAAGAUUGGGUCGAGGGAGUGCUAGAUUCCGGAGUGGAGAUGAGAGUAGUUGGGUGAGAGGUGAGAAGUACGAAAGAGUGAACGAGUUGAACAAGAAAGAUAUGAUAGGGUGA